GCCUUCGUGUAUGACGUUGUAGGGCGGGCGCGCGAAGCACGAUCUCUGUUCCUGCGUAGCGUCGGCGAUGCCCAUCCGCGCAACGGGUCUGAUGAGUCGUAAAUACGAAAGUCGCCUCUUCUUCUGCUCACAAAUCCCAGAAGAACGUGUCCAUCUCGGUCUGCUUCGACAUCGCUCUUCGCCCACCCUCAUCAUCGCUUGAUCAUCGCUUCGUCAGGUCAAAAUCAGCAUCGCAAUUCCUCUUCGUCGAGGCUCUCACGCUUCGCGGACUGACUGCCGGUUCCUGCAAAGCUUCUUGACGAGGGAGCGGGCCGUCUCCAAAUCACGGUUCUCGCGCACGGCCUGCGGUCUCUCGAGAACUGGCUGGUGCACCACCUUCACCGCGAUGCCGCCUAUUCGCACCAAAUUAGAAGUCGACGAUCAGUCUCCGCCUGGUUCCAGCGCCUUGGGGGGACCUGCUCAGGGAGAAAUCAAGCUACAGAGAGCCUGCGUUGCGUGCAGAAGGUCCAAGGUCAAAUGCAUACACACCGGGUCCCCUCCCUGUCGUCGAUGCGCCGAUACGAAUCAGGAAUGCAAAUUCCGCCUUCGAGCCGAUGACGAGACUUGGCGAGAGAGGACAGACGAUACGCUUUCGAGAUUAGCGAAUGCGGUGGACACUCUAUUAUCGAGAGGGCCAGCGUCAGCCUCCAUUGCAGCUCCGUCUGCCGGCGGACAAAUGAAUGGACACUCGGGCCAUUCCGGUUUGCCACCCUUUCCGUCACCUGGUCAUUCAGGUACGCUGCGCUCAAGAACUUUCAGCUCGGGCAACCAUGGGCCAGGGGCGGUCAUGGGACCCCCUACGGGUCCUGGUGCGCGCUACGGAGCUACGCAUGCAUCACCGUCAUAUUCGACGACUGGCUCCUCUCCUAAUGCUGGUGGUCCGGGUGCAUUUAUGACCACGCCUGGUGGAUCCUCGAUGUCAGAUGCAUCAGGCCCUGCGGCUGGUCCAUCGCGCCUACCCUUUCUUCCCCCUGCAGCACAGACGACGGGUGUGCCAGUCGGUGUGCCGAUGGUGCAAGCGCCAGGGUCGGAAGCUGGCAUCGGACCUUACAUGCUUCCAGCGCUGACGCCAGGGGGAACGGCGCGUAGCCCUAUGCCGCUCAUCUCUUCAGCAGCAGCCGGCAUGUCAGGAGGGGCAGGGUUGUCCAUGGGCUUUCGUCGGUUCAUACCACCUACAAUUGGUCCCGGGCAAUGCGCGCCUUCGCCAGCGCUGCUGCAUGUUGGCGCAACCGCUGCCCCGAUCUUUGUCAAUUCUCCUCAGCAAGGUGUCAAAUGGAUGCAUGGUUGCACUUCGGAUUAUGCCAAGGCAACGCACAAUAUUGGGAGGGAUGACCCUCGGCUGAAUGCUAUCAGCAUGGGCGUUGUACCCAUGGAUCGCGCAAGAGCGCUGUAUUUGCUAUUUGCGGACAAGCUACAACCACAUUGUUUCGGCUUUCCGACCUACCCGGCAGACGGCAACAUGACGCCUCUCAUCAUCAGCGUUAUCCUCAUGUGCUCUAGCCUCCACAAUCCCUUGUACCGGGACGAGUACUAUCCCAAGCUAAAGAAUGACUGCCUCGAGACGAUCAACCCCAAUCAACAAGUGUCUGGCGACAUGCCUCUAGACCCCGAGCUCGGUAUCGGCGUCGAAGAAAUCACUGGCGCAUGCAUCGCAGCGGCAUAUCUACCAUCAGCGCUCGCGCUUCGAAUAGCUUUUGUGACGAGAUGGUGGGCGCUCGGAUACUUCAAGAAUUUCGAAAUUGAGCGAAAUGUCACGCUAGGAGAAUGCCUGACCAUUCUACCGCCAUUUCGGCAAAUCGACCUGGUCGACAAGCUUCGAGUUUGGCUCGCGGCCUAUGUCGCAGAGGGACAGCAGUGCUUUAUCGCAGAUGUGCCCAGUCUAGCCCCAGCUCAGCUCCCUGGUCCAUACAUCGAGGCGCUGAGAGGCGCGCUCUACGAGCAAGCAGACAAGGGGCCAAAGGCAAGCUCUUCCAACGGAGUUGAUGCUGCCAGCACGGUGUCAGCUUCGGUCUCGGAUAAGACAUGCCCAAUGCCAGAUCGGCAACUUCUCGCGCAUGCGGGCAUCCUUUCCAUCCUGUUGGGUGCGCAACAAGCGCAACGAGAAGGCGCAGGGCGGACAUCGCCGGGCGAAGUGUCACGCAUCGCCAGAACCUGGACCACUUGGUUGGAAGAGAUCGAACGCUGGAGGCUGGAGGCUGGAGCUCAUGAAGACCUUAGCGCAGCUACAGCAUCAGCGAUGGAUGUUUCGCUGACUUAUCAUCUGGCCAGGGCGCAUGUCGGCUCACUAGCCAACGAACCGGAAGGGGUCAUGCACCCUCACGUAGCGCAGCUGGCAGCGCAGGAUGGAGGCUUUCAAUUGGCUCAAUCUAGAGCUGUCAGUUCUGCAAAAGAGUCUGCCGUCUCUGCACUACUCCUGGCAUCUGCAAGGAAUGGCUUUGCCGAUCGUCUCGUGUACCUCCCAACCUUCUAUCAUUUUCUGCUUUCGCAUGCUGCCGGCUUCUUGCUCUUGCUCGUGCAAAGGAAAUGGCGCGUCCUUCUAGCCGGAGAAUCCCAGCGCAUCCUCGAUCUCGUAGAGACGUUCACCAAAACCUACAUCUUUGAGAUCUCUGCGUACGUGCCUUCGACCGAUCCGAACGCGCAUGGCAAUGCAAGCAACGGAAUCGGCGCUGUGCACCCUGCGCUCGCUACCGCGGAAAGCUUGCAAGGCGCUCUGAGACACGUCCUGAGUCAAUGUAGACCCGGUCCUGCGUAGGCAAAGACCCACCUGCUGGCAACCCUCGGGACAGCAUCGCUGUUGUACUCUACCGACACUCUUCAUCCCUGCUACCUGUUCUUCGCAUUUUCCCCAUUUGUCUUUUGCAAUCCCGAGUGUACCAGUUGAGUGUACCAAUAGCCAUACAUGCCCCGCAAAAGUCACAAGGCAGUCCGAAACAAUGUUACGAUUGCAAGGCGCA